CUGAGGGCGAAAAUUCCUUAUGUUCUGGACGUUGUCUUGGACUCACCGUCAAAAUACGCACGAGUGCUCUGCACUACUCCUACCCCGUUCAAGAUAAACGACAGGCCGCUGACUCUGUCGCUGUCCCAACAAAUCUAUGCUGCGAUGUGAUCAUGCCCUAUCCAUGAUCGAACAUUCAAUCCACUAAUCCAGUCGGACAAUCAUCUUCGAUCUGUUCAUGCUGAAUAGCUGAAGAGGGAAGAGAGGAGGCGAGCUUGGUCAGAGCGAAGGCGGAAGAAAGGGCUCUCGAUCCUUGUUCUUGCAGCCACGAGAGGUUCUCUUCUCUGUUACGUGCUGAUUCCCAUGGCAGGAGAUCUUGUGACGGCCAUUGUUUUCGCCCUGGCCGCCACCGCGCUGGGCGGCCCGGAGGCGCUCCGCCUCUUGCGCGAUCUUGCCGGGAGGAACCCCGUCGCCGACGUCGCCAUGUUGGUCGGCGUCAUGUGCGCCGCCACCGCCCCCGUGCUCGGCGCCAUGCUGCUGGUGCGCUACAUCCGCGUCGCCGGCAACGCCCCUGACCCGUUCACCCGGCUCUUCGCGCGGGUCACUCUGACAGUGGCCGCCGCUGCCAUCUUCCUCGUCGCCGUCUGGCUCGUCGCCGUCCCCGACGCCAAGUUCGCCUGCUCGGCCUGACGCGGCGCGGGGACGCACAGCUCGGCGUCGCGCGCCGGCGGAUGGAUGCUGCGGCUGCCACCACGAUGCUGCCCGCGCCGCCGCUGGUGCUACUCAGUGAUUCUCGGUGAAAUAACGAAUCGGCGAUUCCGUGUGAGGAUGCGUUGUUUGUGACUUGUGAUUGCCGGAUCCGCUCUUACUGCUUUUUAGUUUUCACUCGAUUGAUGGAGGCGAUUUCAGUUUCCAAUCCAUCAGCUGUGUGUUUUUUUUUACCGUUUCUGAGCAGUUAUGCGACAGUUAAUUUCGAAAGUGCGUGAUCUUUUGUUGCAUCAUUAGCGUUGAAUGUGUCGAAACAGUUCGAACAGAGCCUAUUGGUCUUUCUUGCCUGUCCGAUUAACUUAGUUGGAAAUGUCAAGAGUAACUGAAACGGU